AUGACCACAGAAUAUGCCCCGGCGAGUCACCCGCUUACAAUACUCGACUGGAAGCUCGCCCAGAAAACCGGCGAUCCCCUUUCCCGGCUGCUGAGUGUCCACGAGUCUCUAGACCCAGCAGAUCCAGCAUGGAUAUCGCUGUCUUCGGCCGACCAUAUCCGCCAGCAAUGGCAUCGAGUCCUGCAGUUACAAGCUAAAGGUCACGCCCUCCCUCUAUUUGGAGUUCCAUUUGCGGUCAAGGACAACAUCGAUGCUACCGGGCUGGCCACUACCGCCGCGUGUCCAGAUUUCUCGUAUAGCCCCGCGGAGGAUGCCUCUGUCGUCCGGAUAAUCAAGGCAGCGGGAGCCGUCCUUAUGGGAAAAACCAAUCUCGAUGCCUUCGCCACAGGGCUGGUUGGGGUUCGAUCUCCCUAUGGUGCCGUUCCAAACACCUUCAACGACAAAUACGUUUCUGGCGGCUCAAGCUCUGGCUCAGCAUCAGUGGUCGCACGCGGACUCGUGCCAUUCUCUCUUGGUACCGAUACUGCCGGGUCAGGGAGGGUGCCUGCGGGUUUCAACAAUAUCGUGGGCUUGAAACCUACCCGUGGUGCACUUAGUACGACAGGUGUUGUGCCUGCUUGCCGAACCCUUGACUGUGUAUCCAUUUUUGCAUUGGUGGUGGAAGAUGCGAAGUUGGUCUUUGAUAUAGCAGCCAAGUAUGAUCCAGACGAUAGCUUUUCGAGGCCGGUUAUCAGAAACCCACCAAUGUCAAUUCCCAGCCGUCCAAGGAUUGCAAUCUGUGACAGCCCGCCUUGGUUCGGUGGAGAUAGACAACACCACGAUUCCUAUCACCAGGCUCUCGAGGGAGCAACUGCCCUGGGCUGGGAUAUCCAACCCAAUGACUUUUCCCUUCUCUUCAAACUGUCGAGCUUUCUCUACGAAGGUCCAUGGGUUGCGGAGCGCCUUGCUGCCAUCAAAACCUUCAUCCAAAGGCCCGAUGCCGGAAUCGACCCGACCGUCCGUGGUAUAAUCAAAGAUGCCUCCAAAUUCAGCGCGGUUGACUUUUUUACUGCUGAAUAUUCCCGGAGAGAUCUAGCCCUUGCAGUGGAGAACCAGUUCCAACAUUAUGACGCCAUCUUAGUGCCGACAACACCGACAUUUCCCACGAUUGAACAGGUUCACCAGGAGCCGCUUCUAGAAAAUUCAAGGUUGGGAACCUUCACCAAUUUUGUAAACCUCCUUGACUGGUCCGCAAUCUCCGUUCCAGCGGGUUUGAGGUCAGACGGCCUGCCAUUUGGACUUACGAUUAUCUCGACUCGAUGGCAAGAGGAAAAGCUGUGCCAACUCGGCGCUCAGUUUUCUGCUUCAAUGCCACGAAAACUCGGGGCCACAAACUGCAAAUCCCAAGAUUUGCCCAUGUCCAGCCUCGUGGAAACUGAAACCUCACCUAGCACCUCGCAACUAGUAAUUGUUGGUGCUCACUUGUCUGGAUUUCCUCUGAACUACCAGCUAAAGGAUUCCGGUGCAACGUUCAAUCGCACAGCCAAAACUUCCCCCUUGUAUCGUCUUUAUGAACUUUCCAGCCCUGCGCAUGCUAUCAGGAAACCGGGCCUGAAGAGAAUCGCCGGCGGGUCGACGAUGCUCGGCUCUUCUAUCGACGUGGAGAUUUGGGACAUACCCAGCGAAACCCUUGGGAAAUUCAUGGCCUUUAUUCCACCACCUCUGGCCAUAGGAUCUGUGGAGAUGUCCGAUGGUAGUUGGGUAAAAGGGUUUGUUUGCGAACCAUGGGGACUAGAUGAUGCAAUGGAUAUCACAGCAUCAGGUGGUUGGAGAGCGCACAUGGCUACUGAGGCUGGUAAGAAGAAUAAGAUAUCCCCGCAAAAGACAAACGGACAUCAGUUACACGAGAUCCUUGUUGAAGCAUAG